AUAGUUAAAAUGUAUCUGCAUAUGGACAGACUGAAUGAAUGAAUGAAUGAAUGAAUGAAUGAAUGAAUGAAUGAAUGAAUACGCACAAAAAUAAUACAAUUAGCAUGACUGGUCAAUGAAAACCUUUGAGUGCUAAUAAUGGAGUGUAAUGAUUUCCACCUGUUACAGCAGAUGAACGAUAUCGCCACAGUUUGUCUUCUUUACUUAUACCACGCCAUUUCUUCGAUAAAGGGGUUAUGAGUUUUGUUUACAAGCGUUUGCUAGCUGUUCUUGCAUAGGCCUAGGCGACGAAAUGUAUUUACAGAUUCACUCCAAAAGCAGAUUUCUCGACCUUCAUUUAAUCAACAGUUUACAUGACUGGGACAUGAAUGAGGAAAUAAACUUAUCGACGACGACUGAUCAGUUUUACCACGAUGAUAAGCGGACUGAGCAGUGUCUGGCACAGUGGCACUCCAGAAGAUCAUUACCAGCAGCAGCAGCAGCACAGAGGAGCUACCAGCUGCCCCUCAGCAACAGAGAGCCUGGAAUACAACCUAAUCUGUGGCUGAUGGUGAAUCCCAGUUUAGCCUGCCCCAUAAAGUACCCUAGUAAUUACCCCAGAGCCCCAACACCCCAAAAACCGACACCGCAGUCAGCGCUGCCAAGAACCACCACACCUGUUCUGGAACAGAGUUUGCGCCCAGCAAUACUGCCUGCAGAGACCUGUCUGAAUGAGUCAAUGCACGAAACCUCCCUCUCUAGUGAGUAUCAGUUCACAGAUGAAGAGGACGCUUCCUCUGUGGAUGUGCCUGUUUGUCGUAAGGUAAAGGGUGUGCGGAAGUGGAGGACACCCAAAGCAUCUACUCACAAACUGGGUCUGACACAGAACAGAAUGCUUCAGAGAGCACUGCAGGACAGUCUCGACCUGAAGAACGGCGGAUGGCCUUGGCCUCCUGUUAACUCCUGCAUCCUCAUCGCCAUGGCGCUCAGCAGCAGCCGUAACGGCAGUCUCAACGUACAACAGAUCUAUAACUUCACCAGAGAGCACUUCCCCUUUUUCCUUACAGCUCCAGAUGGGUGGAAAAACACAAUCCACCAUAAUCUCUGUUUCAGCAACAGUUUUAAAAAGACCCCGCAGCAGGUGUCUGGGGAUGGCAAGAGGAAGUCGUGUCUGUGGAAUCUCACCCUAGAUGGCCGACAGAGACUGAGAGAUGAGAAUAAUACACUCACGGGAGAUUCUUUCAGAAUGCUGAAAAGGAGCAUGAACUAUCCAGGUGAGGACUUGGAUCUAAAAGGGACUGAGUGCUGAAGUAAACUGAUUUCACUCUCAUUUGUGUCUGUUACAGAUAUGAUUCAAGAGCUGGUAGAGCUGUAAUCCGGCUUUGACCCCAAGCAUAUGACAUCAUCAGACUGGACAUCUGGAAGUGCUGUGACUGAUUUUGCUUUAUGAACGUGUGAAUGUUAGCACUAUUUGUUAUUACUAUUAUUAUGGUGUCAUUUUUUUCUUUUUGUG